GGGCGAAAGGGCCCUGCCAGCCAGCCUAGGACUGAGGAAUCAGCCUCUAAAUUCGUGCAGGACAGGCUGGGUGGCCCCUUCCAAGCCGUUCUCCUCCACAGAAUAGCCUCCACUGGGUUCCCAGAGCUACUGGCUACAUCCCUCUCCUCCAGGGUCCUCAUGGCUGUCUGGGGCCCGCUCCUGCUCCUGCUGGCCAUCUGUGCCUGCUGCUGUGGCUCCUCCUCCUCCUCCUCCUCCUCGGCUUUCCCGCAUCACCUGGUCCAGCCGAGCUCCCGGCGCAGCACCUGCAAGCCCGUGCCCAGCAGCAUGAGCCUGUGCCAUGGCGUGGGCUACAACGAGAUGCGUCUGCCCAACCUUCUGGGCCACGACACCAUGAAAGAGGUCCUGCAGCAGGCCGCCUCGUGGGUGCCCCUCUUGACCAAGCAGUGCCACCGGGAGACCAAGAAGUUCCUGUGCUCCCUCUUCGCCCCUGUGUGCAUCAGCCAGAUGGAAGAGCCCAUCUUCCCCUGCCGUUCCCUCUGCGAGGCCGUCCAGGACAGCUGCGUGCCCGUCAUGGCUGCCUUCGGCUUCCCCUGGCCAGAAAUGCUCAACUGCAGCCGGUUUCCUCUAGGGAAUGAGCUCUGCAUUCCGCCAGUGGGCCCCGAGGACCGAGAGCCACUCCUCCAAGAAGAUGCCGUGUGCGCAGCCUGUCUUGAAUCCGGUCCGCGCGAGAAGGACUUCCUGGGGAAGGUCUGCAGCCAGGAUUUUGCUCUGAAAAUGACCGUCAAAUCCUUAUCUGGCGUUGGGGGGGACCUAAAAGUGAUCCCAGAGGUCCGGGGCCGGACGUUGUACAAGCAGGACGGCUGGUCCGAAGAGGAGCGAAGGAGGCUGGUUCUGUGGCUGGCGGACGGCGAGGCCUGCUCCUGUGAAGAGCUGGCAGGGGGGCCGGGGACCGUGGUCCUCGCCAUGGGGCACCGUCUUGGCAACCGGCUCAUCCUCUCCUGGGUCAGGAGGUGGAAGCACGGAGAGAAGGAGCUGAAGAGGUUCUCCAGGGUGGUGCGGAAGCUGCAGUGUUAGCGGUGGGUCCUCGCUGCCCACCGCCCUCCGUGCCUUCUGCCAAAUAUGGACCAUUGUGAUUGAAGCCAGGGCCUGUGCUGAACCUCGCGUGCAACUGU